CCGUACAGUUUCGUUUUUUCUGAGCGCGUCCUGUGUCGUCUGGGCCAUGCCUGAGCCAGCCAAGUCCGCUCCGGCCCCGAAGAAGGGCUCCAAGAAGGCGGUGACCAAGGCGCAGAAGAAGGACGGCAAGAAGCGCAAGCGCAGCCGCAAGGAGAGCUACUCGGUGUACGUGUACAAGGUGCUGAAGCAGGUGCACCCCGACACGGGCAUCUCGUCCAAGGCCAUGGGCAUCAUGAACUCGUUCGUCAACGACAUCUUCGAGCGCAUCGCGGGCGAGGCGUCGCGCCUGGCGCAUUACAACAAGCGCUCGACCAUCACGUCCCGGGAGAUCCAGACGGCCGUGCGCCUGCUGCUGCCCGGGGAGCUGGCCAAGCACGCCGUGUCCGAGGGCACCAAGGCCGUCACCAAGUACACCAGCUCCAAGUAAACUGGCUUUUCUCAGGAAGAUCGGAUUCUCCAGACCCAUGCCCCAAAGGCUCUUUUUAGAGCCAUCCACGCUUUCUA